AUGCCGAAGGGUCCAAAACUUGUCAAAAAAGACUGGGAACAAGAUAAAGUCUAUCUGAUUCAGUUCCCAAGAACAGGAUGUAUCCCAAGUCCUUCUCCAUACUCUCUGAAAUUGGAGACAUGGCUGAGAAUGGCAGGAAUCGAGUAUGAGAAUGUGAGCAAUGAGUUCAAACAUAUGUCGAAUCGAGGCCAACAGCCAUUUAUCGAGUUGAACGGGGAGCAAGUAUCUGAUACUUCAAUCAUCAUAGAUACUCUGGCAACAAAGGUUCAAGGAAGAGAGCUCAACGAGUUGUCUACCAAAGAGAAAUCCAUCGAGCGCGCCUUCUACACUCUCAUCGAACAUCACCUCAAUUGGAUGGGAUUCUACUCUCGUAGUCAAACAUUCAAAUGGAUUGGAACGGAUGCUGGAUAUGGGAAAUCUUUCAGUGAAAUCAAAGCAUUCUUCUUAAAGAAAGUGGUUGUUCCACGUUUCGAAAGAAAGCUGAAGGCUAAGUGCGCAGGACAAUGGAUUGGAACAUUGACUAAUGAGGAGAGAAUUUCCGAGUUAAAGAAGGAUAUCAAUGCGGUUUGUGUUCUACUCGCUGACAAGCCGUUCCUCUUCGGAGAUGAGCCCAAAACGAUCGACGCUACUCUAUUCGGACACCUCGCCGAGAUCUUCUACACUCCACAGUUCACUGGAGAAAUCAAGAAGUAUAUCGAGACAACUACUCCAAAUUUGAUUGCAUAUCUCAAUCGUAUCAAGGAGAGAUUCUGGCCGGAUUGGGAUGAGAUUGGACAGACACUGAAAAUGGACACAAAAUGGAAACAGUGA